AUGACUAGAGAUAACUGCUUAAGUACAACACCACGAGCAUUUGCCCCUGGAUCUUGGGUGCAGCAGUUUGACCCAUCAUCUGGGCAAACAGCAUUAAGUGCAGCACAAGGCGUCGCACAAGUCGCAGCACCUCAACAAGUAGCACCUAAUGCCAUUGGCAGUGAGGUUGCUAGGUCAGCAGUUGCCGCUGCUAACAGAGGACCCAUUGAACCAGUUCUACAGCAGCGGCUUUUCAACGGUUUGUUAGGACCAAGAAUAGCAUUGCAUGAAUUUGAUUCAAACGGGUACAAUGCUGAAGGAGGUGGACCAGUUGCUUCAGGUGAAGCUUUGUCGUGUGAUUUUGAUUCUCGGCCAUGCUGCUGGGCAAAUGUUCCGCCACCUGAUGAUCAACUCGACUGGCAUUUAGCUACUGGAGCACCAAACUCACCGCAAUUCCAAAAUGCACCUAUUCCAAAUGGGAAAUAUCUGGUAGCUUAUGCUAGCAAUUCAGCUCCUUCAGACGAAGCGCAGUUUGCAUCAUGUGCAAUUGGUUGCGCAUCAUCACCUAUUAUUGUGAGAGCAAGACACUGGCAAUCCGAGAAUGUUUUGCUACAAGUAUGUCAACGAGAAUCAUUUCCAAAUACUGUUAACUUCAAUCCGCUAUUGAACUGCCAGGAAUUUCCAAUGGUAAAUAGUCUUGGCGCCACCGAAGUGGUUCUUCCUAAAGCUUCACUUACUGACAUAGUAUUUGUGGCUAGCAACUUUGUUAGUGAACAAGGUGAUAUGGCAAUUUUGGAUGACAUUGAAGUGAUUUAUGAAAGUGAAGGGGAAGAAUGUGGACUUGAACAAGAAGAUCAAAAGUCACAGAUAGAAGAGAAGACAACAGUAGCAGUGAAUUCGAUAGAAGACACCAAAAAUUCUGACUUCAGAAAUAAUGAUAAAGACUCGGUUCCUGAAACAAAGCUUAUGACAUCAGUAACGUUGAAAAAAGAAAACUUGCAUGGUGAAAUUCAGCCUUCGAAAGUAGCAUCUUUUGCUGAAUCUGAUUUGCUGACAGAAUCAGAAUUAGAAUCUGCAUCUGGUCUUUCUGCUCGUUCAUCUUCACCCAAUAGAGUAUUUGCAUCCAAGACAGCUAAUACUUUACCCAGCUUAUGUAAUAAUGUCAAAUGCACAUUCGAAAACCAGAAUAUGUGCAACUAUAAAGAAGCACACCAAACUGAAUCAAUUCGUGGAGUGACAACAAGUUUCCAAGUUGUCACUGGACAAUACAUGAACAGGAUCACUGGUGUUAAAGAGGGAAUUGAAGGUAAUUAUUACGCAGCAACAUUUCUAUAUCCACGAGAAAUAGCUGGACUAGCAAUAGAUAUUGCUGAUUUGAAAGAACCAAUUCGAUUAAGAUUCCGAUAUUACGAAGGUACACAUGGUGUACAACUGAAGGGAUGUUGCGAAAAUUUGGAACAUUGUUUGUUUGCAUCGGAUAAAUUUGUUAGUGUCGAGGAUAGAAUGUGGAAGAUGUCCUCAUUUACUUGUUCAGCAGGCACUUCGAAGAUAUUAUUUGUAUGCGAGAAUACAAGGACGAAUCAAGGUUCCUGUGCAAUAGAUGAUAUUCAAAUGAUUGAAAAUGAUGUUCCAGACUUGCGACUGGCAAAAAAACUAUGCUGA